CGGUGAUAUAUGGCUCGUGCAGACGUCGUCGGAGGAUCUCUCUAGCGAGGCUGCGGCUGAAAGACCUGGAUAGUCCAGGCUUCUGAACCCAUCAGCAAUUUGUUUCUGUGCGAUUGCUCAUGGGAAUGGAAGCAGCAAAGUACUUUUCCGAGAUCUUCAUGUGUAAUCUGCAUCUUCCUCCCAGCAUCUCAGGAAUGGUCAUUCCAUGGAGCGGAAGCAGUUGCUUUACAUCCUCAUCACAUUUGGAGAGCGAAAUGGAUAAAACAUUGGGUCCAUGGCUGAAAUUUAUGAGCACGAAGCCAGCCUGGACGAGAAAUGCCGUGAUAGUUGAAUCUUUGGGCCAACAACUGCUCCGCAGACAGGUCCAGACCUCGUCAAGAACCACAAUGGAAGAUGAUGAACCUGAAACCGCAACCGCCCAAGGCAUCAGACUCAUCAACGCCAAGCACUGUCCCAAUUACCGACUUCAGCACGUACCGCGACAGCACAGGUGCUGGCCAAUCUCGGGGAACACCCAACGGUGAUCUUUGCGCCACCCUGAUCGGAUCGACAGCUAGUUAAGUAUCAACCCCAGAUACCCCGGCGCUCGUCGCUUCGACGAGCCAACAUCACGAUCAACAUGGCUGGCAACAAGU